AUGCCGUCAGUACUUAACCCAGCCGAGGACUGCUACAAGAAACCAGCUGAACUUGAAGCCAACCCGGAAAUCGGCGGGAUAGGGGUCUUGGUAGGCUUCGUGGGAACAGCUUAUUUUGUGGUGCUGCUGGUGAUCAUCCGGUUCUUAUUUGCUUUCGAUCCGUACAAGAACCCUUUCGAACGUCGGUCAGCAAACGAACUUGAUGAUCAUACACGGAAGCCUAAUCAUGUGGACGUGGUGGCCGCCAAGGGAUGUCAAUGGCUGCGGCGGCGACGAUGGUUUCGCAAUCCACAAUUGUGGGAGGGGAUAUUAGAGAAGGCCGUGCUCGAGAUGUGCGAUAUUCAGCUGCUGACAGGAUUCGGUAUCCUGCUCAGCGGCUACAUCAACUUGUUUAUCGAUACCAUCUCGGCAUACCACUGGUAUAUCAUCGUCUAUCUCGUCUGGUUCUCAAACCUCACCCACGUCGCUUGUAUGACAGUCCUCCGUGGACAUCUACAUCGACACCCAACCCAGCGCAGGUGGCGCCUAAGCCUAAUGUUCAUCUUAUGGGUGGGCCUGCUGGUAGCGAUCGGCCCAACCUUCUGGUUUGACUGGAUGGGAACCGAAGAACAUCUUGCGUGGGAUGUGUCGACAACGAACGCGCGGUGCUUUUACUAUCCAUCCAUAGCGCUGAACACCAUGGAAUGGAGAGCGUGUCAGGCAUCAGUCGAACUCCACAAAGAGAAAGGCAAUAUCACCUACACUGUAGACGAAUGCGUGGCUUCCGACACCUGGGGACCUACGGACAUUCCUAUGGAAUCCCAUCUCUCGUUCCAGACAACCAUGCUCUCUGUCAUUCUGGCAAUCUUUACUUUUCUUACCCGGUUGGUGAAGAUGAACAGGUCUUGGUCCUUCCGGACUCGGAUGUCGAUUCUGGACAAACCUAUCAACUGGUACUUAGUGCGAACGGCUAAACAGAUGAGUGCCAAGAGCAAAAGGCCAGCAAGAAGCAUCAUCACGAGGAUGAGGAACAUCGGUAUUCUUCUUCGAAUCUCAUGGGGAUUGAUGCUGUAUACGUAUCUCGACAUCCUUUCCUCGGAACUCGUCGAUACAUAUUGGCUGUUUACGUUGGCUAUUUGGGGUACAGUGCGCCUGCUUCGAGUUCGCGCUUCUGUCGAUAUCGACGAGAACAAGUGGGGUUUUGGUCAAAUUCUUCCCGUGUUUCUCCUAAUCGGGCCUGUCGUUGCUUUCGCCGUGCCAUUCUUAGGGGCAAUGAAGAAGACAACUGAAGAACGAAGCACGGUAUCUGUGGAAGAUAUCUCAGAGGAGAGUCAAAAUCAGGUUGAAAGACGAUUAACAGCGGAUCUAUCAGAGACCACCAGUGCUGGCCUACACGAUACAGGACCGACUAUGAGCGAGGUCUCAGAUCCUGAUAACAGGCGCUCGAAACGCAAUAUUCAACCUCUCAAUCAGGUGUCCCGGAUACGCGUGGAACCAACAGACUUUGGCGAAAUCCAGUCAAGUGGACUUCUAUCCGCACGGCACAUGAGCACAGCAGACAUCAACACACAGAUGCGAGAUUUACUUGUCGCUCACUGUUCAUUAGAAACAGUAACGAUCGAUGCUAAGAACCUGAGAAGCCUCCUCAGGGAAUACUACACCGAGUCGAAGUGCAUGGAACAGGUUAUCGUGCUAGCAUGCGCCCAGGUAAUUCCCGUCACUGUCGCCUUCUUUCUGGCGUUUCAUGGCGUGAAGAUAGGCAUCAUCGGAAUCUUUGCGGCCGAUCCCGAUCUGGAUUCAGAAAAUAUCCUACUCUUCUUGGCCAACGUCGUCAUUAUUCAGCCAUUAAACUGCCUUUGUGCAAUAUUUCUGGGCUUCGCACUGAGAAAAGGGCGUGGGAUCAAGCGGGAGGUUUUGAGAGUGCCCAUAUAUCUCUGGGCUCUAUUCGGGAUAGAUGUCGUAUCCGUCACGUAUGACGCCGCUACGUAG